AUGUCCUACAAAGCCGACCAACCCCCGCCAUACGGCGUCGCCCCCCAACACCCCCAAGCCGCAUACCAGGGCGGCUACCCUCAGCAGCAGCCUCAAGGUCCGUACGGCGGCGGUCCCCCCAACCAAGGCGGCUACUACCAGGGCAACCCGAACAUGGGCUACCACCAGCAGCAGCAAGGCCCGCCGCAGGGCUACUACCCGCCACAGCAGGGCUACUACCCACCUCAGCAGGGAGGCUACCCGCCGCCUCAGGGCUACUACCCGCAGCAGCGCCAGAGCAACAGCGAUGGAUGCAUGGGCGCGCUGCUGGGAGCGCUAGCGUGCUGUUGUUGUCUGGAUUGCCUGUUCUAA